CUGGCCAGUUCAGUAGCGAGUCUAGUUACUUGUAGCCACAACCAACAAUGCGUUUCCUGGUAGUCUUGGCCUGCUUGGUGGCCGUUUGCGCCGCCGGCACUUUGCCCAACCGCGUGGAGCAGCGUCUCCUCGAGUUGGCUGAUCAGAAUGGCGACAUUGAUCUCUUUGUCCCCGAGGAGGGAGUUGAAGUUGCCCCCCAGUUCAUUGUGUCCUGGCAGGCACGUCGCUUCAUCCGCAAGCUCCAGAAGAACAUGGAGUGCGGCUGGCCCCAGUACGGCAUCCCGGUGCUGGCUCCCCUCCGCGUCAACGAGCUCGACCUGGACUUCAAGAAGGGCAUCUUCGAGACCCUCAACCACGUCUUCCGCCUGAAGAUCGCCGGCCUGGAUGACUUCAAGAUCCAGAAGUUCAAGCUGAACGUGAUCACCAGCAAGGUGACCUUCGACUUCCUGUUCUCCAACAUCGACACCACCGCCCAGAAGUACAGCACCGACACCCUGAUCGACGCCCUGCGCCAGCUGGGUCUGUCCGUCGAGUACGAGGGCUCAGGCGAGCUCCUGUUCGACUUGGUGAACCUGCGCAUCGCCGGCACUUUGAAGUACAAGCUGCCCAUGCUGUGGGGAUCCGCCAAGAUCACCUCGCUGAAGACCACCAUCUCCCUGGAGUCCGUCGAGUCGGACAUCACCGGAUUCAUGGGCAACGGCAAGAUCAACCGCGUCAUCAACAGCCAGCUGGAGAACAUCGUGGUGAAGGCCAUCAACAACAACCAGCAGACCAUUUCCGACACCAUCGAGGACACCAUUGUGCCCCGCGUGAACAAGAUGCUCAAGGGCAACGACUUCUGGACCCUCGUCGACCUGAUCCUCUCCAGCAGCGAUGGCGAGAGCGAGGACGAUCCGAUCGUGGUGGACUGCGAUCCUGCUGCCGAUCCCUGGGCCUAAGUGCAUCAGCUGAUUAAAUUUUAAUAAAAGCUUCCAUACACA